AUGUCUUUCAUCGCGAAUCAUGUACGCUCUGCGUGGAACGACAAGCAGACGCAUGUCGUUGCAUUUUCUGCAACAGCCAUUGCGCUGUACGGCUACGACCAGGUAGGUAUGAUGUCACUCAUCAACACGAAUGAAGACUACCUGUCUACUAUGGGCAUUGAAGAAAAGCCGCCGAUCGUUGGUGUCGUUGUUGCUGUGUACUACCUUGGUACAGCGGUAGGAGCUGUACUUUUCUCCUGGUUGGCGGACAAGCUUGGGCGCAAGAAGAGUAUCUUCUUCAGCUUGGCCUCGGCUAGUCUUGGAAACUUGAUCAUGUUCGUCGCCGGCUUCAAAUUCCAGCAGAUAGCACUCUGGGUAAUGCUAGCCGGUAGGGUGAUCAUGGGUCUUGGAGUUGGAGGAAUCGACGCUGUAAUCCCGACAUACUCAUCUGAGCUGUCUGCGGACGAUGCGAGAGGUAAGGCAUUAGCGCAGGAGUUCCAGUCAAACAUCUUUGGACUGGUCAUGGCGUUCGGCAUCAACUUGGGUGUCACCGUAGCUCUAGGUACAUCUAAUCAGUGGGCCUGGAGGAUUCCCAUCAUCGUCAUGCAGGUGUACCCGGUUGCACUCAUGGCACUAGUGGACACUCUGCCAGAAAGUCCGCGCUGGUUCAUCUUCAAUGAUAAGCAAGACGAGGCGAAGGCGGCUCUAAAACAAAUUUACGGUGACGAAGGCAAACAACAGUACGAUGAUCUGGUCGAAGCGCACGAGAAAGAGCAAGGUGACAGUGUGGGCUACUUCGAAAUGCUCAACCCAUACCACCCGCAGUUCCACGCGACUAUGGUUACGAUCAUGUGUCAAGUCAACCAAGCUCUGACCGGAUAUGGAGCAGUCUCUGUGUAUGGUCCUCAGAUCUUCCAGCUUCUCGGGUUCGAUACUCGCACAUCGGAAUACAUCACACUCGGCAAUUACACCUCUUACUUCUUCCUGAUGACUCUCGCGUGGCUACUCAUCGAUGCUCUCGGUCGCCGCAAGCUACUCAUCCAGUGCUCUAUCCUAUUGUCGAUCUCCUUCCUCAUCCUUACAGUUUUCGGUGGUCUCUCCGAAAACUCAUCGAAGGUCGACAUUCCGAUCAUCGUUCCUGGCAUUCUCGGCUCUAUUACACUCUUUUUUGCUACUGGUGCCUUUGGAAUUGGAUGGCUUGCAACGGUCUGGCUGAUCCCGACUGAAAUUUUCCCAAUGACCGCUCGCGCUCAGGGCACUGCCAUCUCCGUCAUCAUUUGGGGACUCGCCAACUUCGCGAUCACUUUCUUGACACCCGUCCUGUUCAACAACCUCUCUUACUUCAUAUUCCUAGUGUUUGCAGCGACGAACGCCGUCGCCGGACUAUGGACAUACCUCUACCUCCCUGAGACUGGCGGCAGGAGCUUCGAUGACAACCAAGAGUUCUUCAAGCAGGCAAGCGAAGCUAAGACGUGGCGCGUGAGCAAGGUCGCGAAGGGUGAAUGGUCGAAGAUGCUCUACCCAGAUCCGGAGAGCGACGGAGACCGCAUCGUCGACGCAGAGAGGGUACCUUUGCUGAGAAGGGUACAGGAUCAGGUUCCAAGUGCCGAGUAGAAGCUCGGCUUUCAUAGGUAAUAGAUUGGAUACAUCUGUGCUAUGAGGCACUCCAAAGUAUGAGAGAGCAUCGAGGGAGCGAGAAGCAACUGCACAAUCAAGCAAGCUGAUGCCUUGUAUACAUUCGUCCGAAUCGCUCAUCUCGCUGAAUUCGGGCAUCUCUGCUCGGCCGUCGUCAUAUCUCCGGAACCCCCCACCAAUUCCGCCUUCUCUUCUCACUGCCAGUUCACCAGGCAACAGCGUCAUACCCCGAAACACUCCAUUACCGACCCCGAUAUCUCCACCAAAGCCAGCGGAUAUCGCGGCCCCUCCUACGCAAACUUACAAAUAACCCUCUGCAGGCCACGCACGCCCCUGCAUCGGCAUUCCCACAUCUCCACCUCCGAUCGCACAUGCAUUGUAUACAUGCGACUAUUCCCGUUCCACAUUAGCGCUCUGAUGGGCUGAUGUUGUGCAUGAGAAAUGCUGAGGGGUAUAAAGCGGC